GGGGAUUUAAGGUAAGUGGUAAGCUGUUGAGUUAAAAUGUGUUAUAAAACAAGGUGUACAAAACUUUAAUCAAUAACAAUAUGAUUGCAUUUGACAUGAUCACUUGGUACUGAGUUUUCGACAUGACCUCACCUUGGAUUUGAAAUCAAAUACCUCUGGAUUUGGGUUACGCUGGUCUAUCUGCUGUGUCACAAAGUCUGCAGCAUUCUUAGAAGUCCCCUACACAUUCAGUACCUAUAAUACAUAUCUGCACUAUUUUAGUUAUCAGUUAUCUGACUAAUGUUUAUUUCAUUUACUUAUCUCAUCAAUUUUAGGGUUUUCUGUAUAGUCUAAUGUUGGUGGGACAUAUUAUUCUGUUUCAAUGUUACUCCUGAAUCACUAUAAUAAAUCAAAUAGUUUUUCUUGAAUGUAUUAUACAAAGCUGAUAUCUACUAUAACCCCGCAAAGUGUGGGAAUACUGGUGAAAUCAGUCAUUGACACAGCCUUGCUGGUGUAGCAGAAAGAUCGGAAUGUCAUGAACCAAGAGGUUGUUCAAAUCGCUGGUGAGGAAAUGCUGAAUAAUAAUUACUGUAUAAAUACAUCUGUCAAAUAUGUAUGUGGGUUGCAGGGCAUCAUGGGAAAAUGUAAAUCCACUUGUGAAUGGUUGUGAUCACGUGAAAAUCCACUUGAAACUCCAUCACAUGUAAAGUGUUCCAAAACCACAUGGUUUUACAUGAUUUCACAUGUGAAAUACAAUUUUUCAUGUACAAAACAUGUGGAAAUGUCCAUAAGGGAACUAACUAUAUGACAGGUAGCCUAGUGGUUAAAGUUUUGGUCCAAUAACCAAAAGGUUGCUAGGUUGAAUCCCCUAGCUGACAAGGUAAAAAUCUGUCGUUCUGCCCCAGAACAAGGCACUUAGCCCACUGCUCCUAUGCGUCACUGUAAAUAAGAAUUUGUUCUUAACUGACUUGCUUAGUUAAAUAAAGGUUCAAUAAAAACGCAUGGUGGGGCAUCAGGAGAGAUAAGACAGUACAAUGGAGAGAGGGACGAAGGGGUCAGGGGAGUAUUUGAGUGGCCAGCCUAAAUGAUGUUAUAGUUAUGUAUCCUCAUGUACCUAUACAAUAUAUGACAUGGGUCUAAAGCUUUCAAUGGGGCUUCAUAGGACCUAUUUGGCAAAUUAUUGCUUUCAUUGAACCAUAUUACAGCUUCACAGACAUACAUUUUCGUGCUCCCUGGAGUUGGUGUGUACCAUUGGACAUACAUCGAGAACAGAUCUAACAUGUUGUUUUGAUGAAGUGCAAUACAAGUUAAUUUGCUCUCAGGAGGAAAAACUAAAGUGAAGAGAGGAGAGCCGUAAAGUGUGUAGUGACGUAGGACAGUAUGCGAUCGCAUGCUGGAGUUUGUACUAUUUGCCUAUGGAGGCUGGGAGAGCAGUACCGCAAACAAAAUAUUUCAAAUUCUAAAAGCAGUCGGUCGAACUGCAGUGAAGUGGAAUCGGAGCUGAAACACCCCAAGCGCGAGAAAGACUGUGGCCCGCCACUGCGUUAAGAGGAUACCGGUAUAGUUUUGUCAAACACAUCAUAUUAGGCGAUUUCUGAAGCUGAGCCUGCGAAGCACUCUUCCCUUUUCACUUUUUGGAGCGCAGUGGGCAGAUUUAAUUAAUGCUGUGGUGUAUGUUGACUAGAUAUUAUAAGUUAAAUGGUAUUUUGGAGACCUUAGCAUUGAGAAAAUAAAUAUUGGAGGACCUGACCAGUCGCACAUCGAACAAAAAAAACAAUACAUGAGAGGACUGUUGUUAUGAAGAGGGAUUGAAAAAGGACGACGCAAAAGGCUGUAACGCUUUGAAGUUGGCGAGACCCGACAUCAAUCUCUGACCGAAUUUCAAUAGGCCCACGGAAUUAAUUAUUGGAUACUUCGGACGGAACCUCUAAUGUUCGUUUUAUGUACAUGGAGAACAAUAGAUAUUUACAUGUAGGCUAUUAUUAAAACCAAGCUAAACGCAGUACCCUGGAAAGUCCAUUCACAGGAAUAUAUAGCGGUGUAAUACAGAAGGAAAUAGACUACUACGGAUCAACAUUAUGCAAAAAAUAUUUCCGAAGAGACGUUUGAAUUUCCUCUGAAAUGGACUGACAUCGAUUAACACCAAACAUAUCUCGAUAAGAUAAUGACCGGCAAUUUAUAGGCUGUGUUAUAAAAUAAAUGAACAUUUACUUAAACACUUUAUUGGGACUUCAUAUUUGAGAAAAUGCAUAACGAUAAGUAACUGUUGGUUGUUCAUGUGGGCAAGAUUCAUUCCGAAAGUGGUGUGAUAUCCUCUCUUGUGAGAAUUGAGUGUCCCUAAUCCGGUACCGGAGGCAUCUCGUGGUAACUCGGUAACUGCGGGAAGGCAGGAGUGCAGUUUGGAGAUAUCAGCAAAUAAACCCACAGAAAAAUGUGGCUGCGAAUUCUUCCCCAGGUGUUGACCAUCUGGGCAGUGGUGAUCUCCGGGACAACGGCUGACCUGACCUGUGAUACACUGCUCCUGCUGUCCACCAAUCUCACUGCACGUACGUUGGCACUGUGGAAUCUGACCCUCACGCCCAGCAAUGUCACUGCCGGCCUGUUCUGUAACAUGUCCAUCGAUCCCAUCGGUACCUGCUGGCCCAAGAGCACUGCAGGGGAGUGGGUGUCACGGCCAUGUCCAGAGAUGUUCUAUGGUGUCAAAUACAACACCACCAACAAUGUGUACAGAGAAUGCCUUUCCAACGGGUCCUGGGCGGUGAAAGGCAACUACACCCAGUGUCAAGAGAUUCUCAAUGAGAAAAAGAGCAAGCUGCACUACCACAUAGCGGUGAUCAUAAACUACAUGGGACAUUGUAUCUCUCUGGCAGCCCUGCUGGUGGCCUUCAUCCUCUUUAUGAGGCUGAGGAGUAUCCGCUGCUUGAGGAACAUCAUCCACUGGAACCUGAUCACAGCUUUCAUCCUGAGGAACGCCACUUGGUUCGUUGUACAGCUUACCAUGAACCCUGAGGUGCACGAGAGCAAUGUGUUGUGGUGCCGGCUUGUCACGGCAGCCUAUAACUAUUUCCACGUGACAAACUUCUUCUGGAUGUUUGGGGAGGGCUGCUACCUGCAUACAGCCAUCGUGCUCACCUACUCUACGGACAAGCUACGCAAGUGGAUGUUCAUCUGCAUCGGGUGGUGUAUCCCUCUUCCAAUCAUCAUCGCAUGGGCAAUUGGCAAGCUUUACUACGACAACGAAAAGUGCUGGUUUGGGAAGAAGGCAGGAGUGUACACAGAUUACAUCUACCAGGGCCCAAUGAUCCUGGUGUUGCUGAUCAACUUUAUAUUCCUCUUCAACAUUGUGAGAAUCCUAAUGACCAAGCUGAGAGCCUCCACAACCUCAGAGACAAUACAGUACAGGAAAGCAGUGAAGGCCACUCUGGUGCUGCUGCCUCUCCUGGGCAUCACCUACAUGCUAUUUUUCGUCAACCCGGGAGGGGAGGAUGAGGUCGCCCAAAUAGUCUUCAUCUACUUCAACUCCAUCCUGGAGUCUUUUCAGGGCUUUUUCGUGUCAGUGUUUUAUUGCUUCCUGAACAGCGAGGUGCGUUCUGCAGUUAGGAAGAGAUGGCACCGCUGGCAGGACAAGCAUUCAAUCAGGGCUAGGGUGGCGCGUGCCAUGUCCAUCCCCACGUCGCCCACGCGGGUCAGCUUCCACAGCAUCAAGCAGUCCUCGGCUGUUUGAGGACUAGCAACACUCUGCUUUGGCUGAACGCCCCCUUCUAACCUCUCACCGCCAACCACCCCUCCAACAUGUCCCCCACAGAGCACAGCUUUCCCCUCUUCUCUCCAAACCAACCGAGGGAAACAGCUACCGUGAUGGUUCACACAGGGUACACUUGGUUUGUAAACACAGACCUCACAUACCCCCUCCCAGGGUGAGGUGACCUCUGUAGUCUCUCGCCUGCUAAUACAUUGAGGUACGUUCGCUCAGUGCAUUCCCUCUGGAAGCUACAGACGGUCAGGAUGACAAUGGCCAAGCUAAGUAAUGUCAAGAGCUGACUUUUUUCCAAAAGGCAGCACAGGGAAUUGGUACAAUCCCUGUGGCGUUGGCAGAUUCAGCUGAGAGGUGACUUUUGAUGUCAGUUUUAAAGAAAAUCACGUUUGUCAGUAAGUCCAGUGUUCUCUUAUUGUUUUUUAUUCUGCAAAAUCCAGAAGUUGGAGUCCAUAUGGAUGGCGUUGGAGUCCAUAAGAAUACUCAGAAAGUGGGAAGAAAAUGGUACUGGGGCACGUGUCAAAUACAUUAUCCCUGUUGGACUAACUGACCUGUUCAAGAUCAUUGACACAAACAAUUUGAUUCUUGUUCCUUUGCAUGUUUUUAUUUCCUGUGGAGCAAUUUUUGAACUUUGAGCUGGCUAUGCUUUCUGGCGCUGCAUCAUAAAGCGAAUGACCACCAUGGACCAUUCAUUUCAUGUCUGUCCAGACUACUGUCUCUAGUAAACAUUCUCCCAUUCCUUCCUUCUGUUCUUCUGAUGAAUUAUUAUCUUCAUAGAGACCAUGUUCUGAUGUGAAAUCUUAGGCCACCAUUGAAGAUGGAUGCCUUCCCCAUUAUCCUUACAACAACAACCAAGACAUUGUGCAAACGGAAAAAAAGUGAUGUGACAUCCAACACUGUUACUAAUGGGAAUGAACUGUGAAAAUUGGUACACACUGUCAAAUCUACCUAGAGGACAAAACAGUUGUGUUUGUGUUGCCCAGUUCUUUCAGGAAGUAAGUAUUUAGCAUAACUCUCCUCAAACUGUGAGGACUUCUUCUCCUCCCUUUCAUCUUAGCAUUUUCCUGGGACUACAACGUAAAGUUGGCUUAGAUAUAGUCAGACCUGGGGGGUGUGUGGUGGGGGGGUGAAGGAUGAGCAGCAGUUUAACAUCAAUAAGGCAUUUCACGCCUGAUAAGGUUUUUUUGAGGCUCAAGCAAAUACAAACACACACAUAUGGAGAGGACUUAUCAUAGGCUACAGUAUGAAACAUAUCUGAAUAUAUUUUUUCUGUUGUGUAAGGUUGUAAAAGGUGUUAAUUUUCAACCGAAUAAGCACUCCUUUAUAAAAAGCACUUUUAUUUAUUUCAAAUUCCAAAAUUACCAGGACUUUAAUAAUAAGAUAACGUCCACUUUAGUAUAUCGUUGUUGAAAGCUGGAUUGGGAGAAAUGCCAAUUAUUAAUAUCAUUUUUUUGGGCUAGCUAUGUUAAGGUCUGAGAGGAACGUGGAUGUUUUUGGAUGCUUCAUCUCUGCAACUUGCAAAACUUAUCUAUACUAAAUCUUCAGACUAAAUCAUUUUGUUCUUCAAACUCUUUCUAGCCAUCAAACAGGUAAUAGGUGACAUUGCUGUUGUGUCAUAGAAAGUACCCAAUGGGCACACACACUGGUUGAAUCAACAUUGUUUCCACAUCAUUUCAACAAAAUGACAUUGAACCAACAUAGAAUAGAUAUUGAAUUGACGCCUGUACCCAGUGGGCACUGACAAUACUUUGCUGAAAUUCUGCAAAUCCUUUCAAAUUGAACCACCCAUUAUGAAGGACCAUAACACAUCUGAUCAUCAUUCCAAUUCCAGAACAUAAAACCAUUUAUCAGAUAUUGUCAUGCACAUAGCACAACUUUUUAUUUUUGAAUGACACAUGAAUAAGUCUAACUAGGAAAAGAUUGACACUGUCUGGCAGACGAUUGAGUGAAUGCUGACUUCUUGUGGUUUGUUCUGACAAAGGGGAAUAUAGUUAUGCAUCUUCAGAUAGACGUUGUCUAGACAGGACCAGUCUCAAAUGUUUUGCAGUAGGAUUACCCCUUCACUCUCUCUCUCGCUGAAAAAUAUUGUAAUUAUGAGUACAAAAGCCAAAAUAAUUCACAAUCAUCAGCUCCCCAAAAGUUCCCUUAUUUUUGUUGUUCUGUACAUUGGCUAAUGUGGGAGCCCUCCCAAAAAGAAUGUGAGCUUGAAGCUUGAAUCUCUGGGCUCAGAGAACCAGUUGGCUUCCACACACUACCCCACACGGCAUAGGAUGAAACCAAUUAAGACCAAAGUUUUACUUGGUGUUGUUAAGAUAGCUCACCCCAGUAGGUAGAGCUCUGAGAGGACUGUGAGAGUUAUAAUGGCCUCACCCACAAGGACUUCUCAUCUGCCUCUCUCUCUCUCGUGCACGUGGUCUGCUAAUUAGCGUGGUCUGCUAAUUAGCUCUAUCUGCAGGGAAGUCACAGCUAGUUUGACUGAAAGCUGAGAGCAAGGGACAAUUCAGGAAAGAGAGAAUAGUACCAAAGCCUGUGUCCUGAUACAGUUCCCUGCUGUGCAACAUCUCUAUGAAUGAGCGAGUGAAUGGAAGAACUGAGAUUUAAAUGAAAAGGGCUUUUGUGGUAUAGAUAGAGGCAGGGAUAGGAACUGGGACUUGCUGGGAUUUGACUUAAAAUGUUCCCCCGGGCAUAGCCGCAUGAAGUAGGGGUAUUGAGGUUGCUGCAGCACCCCUGAUAAAUCUACAUUUUAAAAAGUAUAAUGGUGAAAGCACCCUCACUCCAAAACAUCUUCCUGCGUCCACGCCCCCAGGCCAUAGUUCACAACCAGGGACAAGGAAAAGGGAUUGUUUUGAUGUUUUUCUUUAGGCUUUGAAAGGCAUAAAGUGCAGUAUUUGUUCAUACAGACCUUUGUGCUUAUUUGGAACACAAUUAUGUACAGUAUUUGUUUUUAAACUGGUUGAAUCGUCAUUUCAACCCAAAAAUUCAAUGUGAUGUUUAAUCAACGUGGGAAACUGAUUGGAUUUUUUAAAUUGAUGGGAUUUUGGUCUUUUUCUCACCCAAUCAAAUGACAGGGUGUCAUUUUUGGUGGAUUUCACGUUGAAUUCACGUUAGUUGACAACUCAACCAAAUGAAUAUUAAAACUAGACAUUGAAGUGACUUCUGUGCCCAGUGGGUAUUCAGUUGUAAUGCAUCCUGAAGCGCUAACUGACAUUUAAAACACCAAAAGAAAACAAACUGCUGUGUUUAUUUUGCAAAGUCAAACAAAGCCAAUCCUCUGUUGCCAGAUAUGUCUAUAGACAACAAAAAUGGUUUGAUCUGAAUCCUUUUUUCCUCCCGGUCCCUUUUGAUCAUUGGAAUAAAGCAGUCAGAAUAAAAUAUGUGAUUUCAUUGGCAAUGUUUACAGACCGCUUUAAGUAAUAGUUAUAGAACGUAUUGUCAGGCAGAUGUAUCCUAAUCGCUGACAGAAACGAUCACAAGAAUCACAGAUGUGGCUUCAUCUAUGUCUGCUGAAGGCAGGCUGAUUUAUUUUUCAUGGGGAAAAUGUGAUAAAACUACUGUCCAACCCCAUCUAACAGAGCACAGUUUAUUCCACAAUCCCAUUGUUUAUGUACCUGUCAUGCUGUUUAACAAAUGAGCGAGAGAGCGAGCGAGCGAGCGAGCGAGAAUGUCUGGCGGUUGAUAUGUCAAAACGAACUCUUCGCUCACCCAGCCAGGGAUGCUACUGCCCUCCAACACACACCAUGUAUUCCUCAACAGCCAGGAUACAUGACAACAUUACAUUCAUGAGAUUAGAGGUUAGCCUGGAAUGGAAUUGCCAAUGUAUGAUAGUGUUAUGCAUUCCAAUUCCAGGUACCUGCCUCUGUCAUGAAAAUAUGUUCUCUCUUAACCAAAAUGAUUUACCCUGGAAUUCCAAAGCCAGUUGGGUUCUCUGUUAUAAUGUUACAAGAACCCUGUUCUAUAUCACUGCUACCAGAUUUCCGAGACUUGUAUUCCAAACACUGAAUGUAAUUCUAUUUUAAACACAUAUUCCAGUUAUCAUAACCAAUAACCAGAUCCCAUUGAAAACUUUUUCAAUUAAAUGCAGUAUUUCAGUAUUUUGUAGCAAAUGGACAAUACAGCUAUUUUCCUUCCUUUUCCAGGAAACAGGAAUAUUUUCAUGUAUACAGGUGCAUGGUCAGACUCAGAUUUUGAAAUUCUAAUUUUGCUAACUGACGUCAAUCCAGGGAAAGUCGUUUCUUGAGGCAGCCGUCAUUAUCACUAGUAUUAUUAUCAUUCUAUAUACAGUAGAUGUCUCUCAAAGUGUGUCGUAGUCCUCAUACUUCUUUAAUAUAAUACUGACAUUGAAAAUGGCUCCAGUAUACAGCACACAGACAGCUUCAUAGUGAAUUCCAGUUAUUUGCACAUAUGCUAUUAGUGUAAUCAGCUGUCAUACCACUGACUGUCAGCGACAUCAGUGUAAUCAAAUGUUCUCUAGUUUUUCUUUGUCAUUACCAAAAUAGUUGUGGUCACGGACAUCCUCCAAAGACACAAGCGCAUCUAUCUAGUCUAUAGGCUGGUCUUAUUUCUUGCCCUCUCUCUUUAUUUCAAUAAGAGAGUCUGCUGCCGCCCAUUCUCUUUGUUUGAUUGUUUAUUGGGUUUGAUUUGUUUCCUUAAAUUGUGCAGAGGGGGUCUUGACCGAUUUCUCUCGAUGCAGUUAUAAUUACUAUAAGAGCGAUGUAUGUAAGUGUUCUUUCUCGGGUAUUUACAAUGUGUUCGUCUUUUGUUGUGAAGGUGUAAGAACCAAAAAUAUUUGUAUUUAUUUAACUGUCUAAGGCACACAGAUUUUUUAUAUAUUUAUCACAUUAUUUAAAAGGGUACAGCUUUUAUUGAAGGACACAGGCCCACAUUACCUAUACUAUAGAUUGAUAAAUAAAUCUAAUUAUGUCCACAAUGUGUCUACUUAAGAUUUUGUGAUGAAAGGUGCGAUACGUAGUUUGAUGUCAUUUUUUUUCACUUUUGUUGUUAUGUUUGAUAAUGUUGCAAUUCUUCUUCUUUCCUCUUUCAAAGUCCAAUAAGGAAAAAUGGUAUUUAUUAUGUUUAUGACUCUACUUGUUCAAUGUUGGAAAGCGUUAAAGAAUCGUACAUAGUUUGUAAAAAAAAACUACGAAAAAAAGCAAUCUAAUGAGAAAAAGUAUAUGUGGAGAGAGUUCAAGAUAUAUGGAACAGUGCUACUACAUAAAUUGUGCAUUAAAAAUUGUUUUUUUAACAAACCCCAAAAA